AUGCCACCUCUAAGCGAGACCAUCCGAAAUGGCAUCUCCGACUCGUUGGCGCGCACUCAACUCUGGCUCAACACGCCCAACGGCCGUGGCGUGCUAAAAUGCACUGUUGCCUACACCAUCGCCAGCCUUGCGACGUUUGUGCCGUUUUUGGCGAAUUUCCUGGGCAAGCCGGAGGGUAAACAUGUCGUUGCUACUAUUACGGUUUAUUUUCACCCUGCGAGGUCGGUGGGAUCGAUGAUUGAGGCUAUUCUUAUUGCUGUUGUUGCGGUUGCUUACGCGGAGACGGUUUCGCUGCUUUCUAUGGUUACCUCUGUUUUCUUUGGGUCGACGAUGCACCUGGUGACGCUAUCGCAUGUCUUGGUUGUUGUGGUGUUUAUUGGCGGUGGGUUUGGGUUUAUGGGUUGGGUGAAGCAGAGGAUGUUGAAUCCGCUCGUCAACGUCGGCAGUACCCUCGCAGCACUCGCGAUAAUCGGAGUUGUGACCAAGGAGAGCCAUGUAAUGUCUAACGUGUUCUCAAAUGAGAAGGUUCUGCAGGUCUUCAAAAUGCUUGUUAUGGGUAUCACGACUACCACGGCGGUCAAUCUGCUUCUUUGGAGAACGAGCGCCCGCACAUCACUGCGAGAGACGAUGAAUCGAGUUUCGAUACCGUUGGGAGAUAUGCUAUACAUGAUAACCAACAGUUUCCUCAGUGGUUCUGAAGAAGGACUUGUGUCCGAUGGAUUUACGGCGGCAUCAACACAUUAUGCGAAGUCCUAUGCUCAGAUGAUGAAGGAUAUGAGAGAAGCAAAGUUUGAACAUUACUUCCUUGGACAUGAGGAGAUUUACGAACAUGAAAAAACUGUUGCGAGGUCUAUGGAGACCUUGGCGCAGGCUUUGGGUGGCUUGAGAAACGCGACAAAUACUCAGCUUGAACAGCUCAAGCACCCAAAGCCGCUCAGCCCGAAAAUAUCGGGAACGGCUUCUCCGAAUACGGCGCGCCAACUGUUUGAGCAGUUUAACGAGUCGAUCACGAUGUCUAUGACAGGAGUACGCCAGAAUCUCUGCAGAAUCUUACAUGAGCCUCAGUUUGGUCAGCCGCCCAGCUAUGAAAUCAACGUUGACGAAGAUCUGCGGCGCAACUUGAUGGACUCGUUAGAUACCUUUGACACAGCCAGAUCAGACGCUCUACAAGGACUCUACGGCCGUAUCGAGCAAAUGGCUUCGUCUCACGAAUCAACACGCGCUAAUCUUGAGGAAGUCGCCGCAGCAUGCGGCCACUUCACUUUCAGCCUUCAAUCCUUCGGCGAAGAUGUUCUUCAGUACCUCGAUGUUCUAGAUGAUCUAGAGUAUGUGAUUAUACGCAAGAGUCGAAGUUGGAGAUGGCUGCUCUGGUGGAAGAGUAGCUCAGAAGAAGAUCGGAAUAAAGCUAUCAGACUGUUUGAGUCUGCGGAGGCUGAUACGUUGAUGCGGACGAGGCAGAGGUCUGUUAGUGUACCUGAUGGUCCAGCUGCGGUGCCUGCACCGGUUGAUUUAAGAACCUGGUAUAAUGCGCCUGAUCUGAACAAGAUACUGGCUUGGUCCUGGAGAAACAUCUCUGCGCUUUUUAAGAAAAUGGCGCGGGACGAUAUUCAGUUCGGCCUCAAAGUCGGUAUCGGCGCCGCUCUGUGGGCAAUGCUCGCGUUUCUCGAAGAGACGAGAGAGUUAUACACGGAAUGGCGCGGUGAAUGGGGUCUUCUAUCCUUCAUAAUCGUGUGCAGUUUCACAAUGGGAGCUGCCAACACCGUCAGCCUAGCUCGUUUCAUCGGUACACUAUUUGGUGCUUUGUUCUCUGUGAUCAACUGGAAGAUCAGCCAUGGUUACGCCUUGGCUCUGAUUCCGCUUGGCUGGUUGACGAGCUUCAUCAACUUUUAUCUUGUCAUUCAGCAUGGCAAGGCUUCUUUGGGGAGGAUUAGUCUUCUUGCGUACAAUGUUUCUACACUGUAUGCGUACAGAGUAAAGAGAAAGGCAGAUGGAAAUGACACGACUGAAGAUGGACAGUUUUCACAGCCUGAUAUCAUGGAGAUUGCCAAACGCCGAGCCAUCGCUGUCACAGCGGGUAUCAUCUGGGGUCUGGUCGUUUGCCGAGUUAUAUGGCCCAUAUCCGCACGUCGCAAGUUCAAAGAGAGUCUGUCUGUUCUCCAUCUACAAAUGGGUCUUAUCUGGAAGCGAGGGCCUCUCACCGUUCUCUUUCGUAGCGAAGGUUCUCAAAGCUAUCUCAAGUCUGGUGAACAAGCUGCCUUGCAAAGGUAUGCUGCAAACCUAGAUAGUCUGAGACUAGCCGCCGCUUCGGAGUUCGAGUUACGAGGCCCAUUCCCUAUGGAAGUGUACGGCCGUGUGCUGAAAAGCACUAUGCGUAUCCUCGAUGGCUUCUACAAUAUGAGCCUCGUCGCAUGUCGAAAGGGUCAUCUUACAGAAGGUGAGAGGGCACUGCUCGAGUAUACAGCUCGCGAGCGCGCUAUUCUUUGUGAUCACAUUUGUCAGGCUUUUCAGGUCGUUGCUAGCUCAACUAUGCUGGAGUAUCCUUUCGCCGAUGCUACGCCAAGCAUUGUAUCGGCACGCGAGAAUCUGUUGAGUAAGAUCUUUGAGUUCAGAAAGGAACACCCGAGGAGAUUGAUCAACGAGGGUGGUGAGAGUAGCGAAUCAAGUCAGCUACUUGUUGAGGAGAAAGACUAUGCGCUGCUUUAUGCAUAUGCGCUUGUUACUGGACAGGUUGUAGAUGAACUACGGUUGAUUGGAAAGGAAAUAGGGAGUCUUUUUGGUGUUUUAGAUGAGGAUACCCGGCUUUUGCAGUAA